AUGUUAUAUGAAACUAAAUCAUAUCCAUCUGAACAAACUAUAUAUGAUAAAAAAUUAUUAAUAAAUGAUCGAUUAACUCCAAUCGGUGAUACUUCAUUGCAUACAGAAUAUGAUACAAGUGAUAAUGAAGAAUUCAAUGAAAAUAUUCCUUUAAUUAAAAAACAUGAAAAAUUAAAUUCUUCACUUGCAGCAUUAACUUCUCAUUUAGCUCAUGUACAAUUACGUUUAGAGCAAGUCAUAUCAGCGCCAACAUUAGAAGAUCGUGAAAAUUUACUUAUUGAAUUACAGAAAUUUGCUACCAAUGGUAUACCUGAUGUAAUAUGUCAAUCAUCAAUAUUUAUAAAUGAUCUUACACAUGAACAAUUAAUUGAAGCAGAAAAAAGUCGUGAAAAAGAAUUUAUUAAUGAAUUAAAACAAAAAUUAGAUGAAUUAGAACAUUAUGCAUUUGCAUCUGGUUCACUUGAAUGUCCACCAACAUUAGUCAUAAUAGAAAAACAACGUAUACUUAUUGAUCAAUUACGUCAAAAACUUGAUUUACAAUUAGAUGAUGAUAUUGUUUCAAAAUUAUCUGCUGAAGAAUUAAGGAAACUUGUUGAUCAAAGUAUUUAUCAGUUAACUAAUCCAGUCAAAUUAAAAGAAAAAUUAAUAAAUCAAAUGCGUACAGAAAUAAAUGAUCUGGAAAAAUUCAUUGAAUUUCUCAAAGCCGACUCGACUAAGUCAAAAACAGACACUACCAUUGCAUCUGUGCCUUCAUCAAAUUCAAAAACUAAAUCAAAACCUACAACAACAACAACAAGUCAAUCACAAUCCACAAAUACAUUUUUAUCUUGUUUUCAAUUUGAACAUAAUUCAUUAAAUAUAUAUCAAUCGAUAAAAAAAUUUUUUAUAUUAACUCAACUUUACACAAUUUUUUUCUUAACAUGUGGAACGAGAUCAAUGAAAAGAACAACUCAUCAAUCAACUAGAAUUAUAAUUGAAGAUUCUAUUUCACAGGAAUAUUUUGAUAAUCUUCGAGUUGAUCUUGAUAUUGCUAUUGAAAAAGUUCUUCAUAAAGUACGAUUAAAUAAAACAUUAUCAAUAUAUUUAAAUAAUAAUGAUAAUAAUAUAACAAUUGAUACUGAUGAAUAUAAAGAAUAUGAUCAUUUAGAUACAAUUAUUUUAUCUAUACGACAAGAUCUUGCUCCUGCACUUCGUGCAUUACUUGAACAUGGUCUUUAUAAAACUAGUUCUUCUACAAAUUUAUCUGUUUGGUCAUGUUUUCCACUAUCAUCUAUGAAUAACUAUUCGACAAAAAAGGAGACAAUGCAUAUUUGGAAAUUAAUGUUAAAAUAUUAUGAUAUGAAAAGUGGAUAUGAAUUUUCUAAUAGUCCAGCUCAUAAACUUUCACAAUCAUUUUCAUUAGAUAUUGUUGGUGGAAAACCAAUUACACUUACAGAAUGUCUAUUAAAUGCUAUUGAUACAAUUAUGAAAUUACAUCAAAAUCAUAAAAAACAACAAAUGGAUUGUUGUUUUAAAUCAUUUAUAUGUUAUGCAUUAAAUGAAAAAAAAUUGGUUUUAUAUCUACGUUUGAUUCUUCAAACAGUAGUAUUAGUAGAAAAUUAUUAUCAAACAUGGAGUUAUACAAGACAAACAGGUUUUAAUGAUGCUCUUCAUUCACUUGAUCGUUUAACUUCAAUCGAUUUUAAUCUUCCAAUAAAUACAUCUGUUCGACGUUUUAUGAAUAAUAGAGAUCUUAUUGAAUAA